AUUACCAAUAGAGUAAUGUUGCAGGAUACGUGCACUGUGCUGUGGAGAGGUCAAGGUACGGCUCGUAAUACCAACAGCAAGACAUUGCAGGUACUCACAAUGGAUGGAGAAGAAACCCGCGCCUUGAUGGAUUCCGAACCGGAAACAGAAUUAGAAGAAAUGGAUCCACACGGGAAUUUCAAAAGGUUAUCUUCUCGGCCUAGGCGCAAGGGUCGUGUCACCUGUCUGAGAUGUCCGACUCCUUCAGGACGCCUCCUGCCAUCUCUGCUCAUCAUCUCGCUGGUGCUCAACCUCAUCUUUGUUGCCGUCCUCCUCAUCUACGACUUGCACAAACCGUCCCGCGUAGAAAUUUCACCCCCGUCAGGAGGUCCCCACCACAACAAACUCUCGGCGACGCUUCCAACCAACGAUCAGCUUCUCACUCACAGGGCGUCUACUCCAUCAUGGAUAGGCAGCGAUGCUGCCCAGUCGAGGUUCCGGACGAACUUUACAAGCACAACCUCACCUGUCGUCUGCGGUUCGGGGCCCAACCACAUGCAGCCUCCUAGAGACAAUAACUAUUUUAACAUUUUCCAAGAUCUGUCGUCAGCCGAAAUCUCUGCCGUCUCCGAGUACCUUUUGAGAAACCCUUCCCUGAACAUCAACCAUAAAUACAACGAUUGGAACAAGAUUUUCGGAAUCGAACUGUAUGUACCCGAAAAGAACUCAGCAGUGGGUUUUCUCGAUAACCGAGAAGCACCUCCAGUUCGAGAGGCGCUUGUGACGAUCGAGUUUUACCGAGAGACACCCCGGGUGGUGAAGGAGUUCGUCGUGGGACCCCUUCCUCGCCCGAGUUACCACCGCCCCAACCCGCGCAUGCAGAAACACGUGCCCCUCGACAUGCUCAUGCACAUCAAAGUGCAAGAGGUUUACCAGUACGCGCGCGGCCAGAUGACUGACAGGUGCACCAAGUGCUGCGGGAAAGCUUUGGGGUGUCCGUUGAUGACUGCGACAAGGACAACGCUGGCCUUUUGGGAAAAUAGACUAUUACAUUACAGUACUAAUUGGUAUUUCUCGUCGUCGUUCUUUGGUUUUGGCCAUUCAAAAAGUUUGAGUUAUUAUACAAGAAUUCCUACUUCUUUUGUCUGGCUUCACAAAGCGAACAGGACGACCUUUACCAUGAGCACCUGUUACAGUGUGGAAUUUCCCACCAUCCACCCCGUGCCCUUCCAGCUGCUUGUUUCAGAAGUAGCACCGGACAAAUUCAGCAUCCAGGCUGUCUACUAUGGCGGCGCGACCUUCGAUUCCCUGCAGGAGCUGGUGAUGAAGUACACCCAGGGUGUCAUCCGGAAGAUUCGCAGGACACCCCCAUCCGUUGAUCCCACACACGGCUCCAUCCCAGGCUCUAUGAACCUCCGAGGAGACACAUUCCCAAAUGUUCCACAUGCUCCUCCCAAGCAAUAUGAACCUCAAGGCCCACGCUACAGUGUAGAGAACCAGCAUGUCAGGUACCUGCAGUGGUCCUUCAACGUCCGCAUGUCAGUCGCCUCCGGGCCUCAGGUGUGGGAUGUGCGGUGGGGCGAGGAGCGGGUGGUGUACGAGUUGAGCCUACAGGAGGUGGCCGUGCUGUACGCCGGCGCUAACCCAGCUGCUUCUUUGCUGAAGUUGUCGGACAGCGCCUUCGGGUUGGGGGACGCCACCCGAGGGCUGGUACCCGGGGUAGAUUGUCCAGAGCACGCUACCUUCCUACACGUCAACGUCUUCAACAGAAAGGCUCAAGCCUCACCAUACACCUCAGAGCUUCGCAACGCCAUAUGCAUCUUUGAGCACACACAGGUGUGCCACUUCGACGACACAGCCCCUUCGUCCAUCCUGCGGCAAUCUCCGUCGAAAUUUAUUCGUUUAUUCUACGACUUCCAUGUGUCUAGGACUGGAGACGCAGCUGGCAAGGCCUACUACGGAGGUCUCGUGGACCACGCAUUGGUAAUGAGAACUAUCAUCGUCGAGUUCAAUUACGACUACAUCUUCGACUUCGUCUUCCACGCCAGCGGAGCGUUGGAAACGAGGACGUAUGCCACGGGCUACAUCAUGUCCGAAUGGUUCCACUAUGGUGAGGAUCCUUUCGGUUUCCGUGUCCACGACGACAUCGUCGGUCUUCUGCACCACCACCUCUUUCACAUCAAGCUGGACAUGGACGUGGGCGGCGCCAGCAACAGGUACGAGACUUUAGAUCUGACAGUAGACGAGAGACAGUGGCCCUGGUUGACAGGACUGCUGCCCACUUCAAACAGUUCAUCAUCGUCGGCAGCAUCGCUUCAACAAAUCUCCUUCCGCCACAAUAUCCGGAGAACGGAACGAGAAGCGGUGAAGCACAGAGACGUCGACAAGCCAAUGUACCACAUCUUCUACAACGAUCAGAACAAAAAUAAAUUUGGGAACCCACGUGCGUAUCGUCUCGACGUUCGUGGGUAUUCUGGGCAGAUUCUUCCCGACGACCAUCUGGCCUUGCGCAGCCGGAAAUGGGCGAACUACCCAAUGGGAGUGACGAAGAGGAAGGAGGAGGAGGAUCGAAGCAGCUCCAUCUACUCGAUGUUUGACGCCAACGACCCUGUGCGUGACUUCGAGAGCUACAUCUUGGACAACGAUGACAUCGUCGACCAGGAUCUGGUGGCAUGGGUGACGCUGGGUUUUUACCACAUUCCACACACCGAGGAUGUCCCCAACACACCCACUGUAGGGACGGAGACCUCCGUUCUGCUGCUUCCCUUCAACUACUUUCCCGAGGACCCUUCCAUGGGCUCGCGAGACGCCGUGCGUGCAGAGUGGAAUCAGGGUCGUACGUCCUUCUCGACAUACGGAACUCUCCGUAACGUCACGUGCAUGCCUCGCACCUUUCCCUGGUUCCAGGGAGGCAGUUUUUGAUUUUGAGGGUUCAGACUGCCAUCUUUACUACGGCUGCACCGAGAAACACACGUGUAAGCAGAAAAUAGAAGCUAAAUAUUUCACGGGAUUGCCUUGAAGUUUCUGUAGUAAAUUCAGACAAUGUGUGGCCUCCGAUAUCUUUAGUCUCCGAGACGUAAGCACGAAACCAGCAUGUGCCGCAACACGGAUGUUGAAAGGUGGAUAGCCUUUAACCCCCACCUUUCUCCACCAUCUUCGCUAGGUCAAGACUGCGCAUUAAUGGUGUGCACAUACGCAAAAUAAUUUCUCUAAUAUAAGCCAAAGUUUAAAAAACAAAUUUUGCCCUAAACAGAAAUCUAAGAAGAGUUUGCUUUAAACAGAAAUUUUUAGAAACCGCUGACUGGAAAUCAAUGGUGUGAAGAGGUACAAUUUGAUAAAAGUGAACAGAAUUCACCACUUUGAGGCUUGGAGUGAUCACAUCAAACACUUCUAGUGUAGACUAGUCUGAUUACAUCACAGGCACCCACACCGAAAAGGCAGGCCCGUGAAGGUUGUUUCAUCUUAUAGAUUCGUAUUAUUAACCAUAGUGUCAUGCAUCAACAUUAUUGAUUGCAUUGACCUACAUCAACCACAAGUCUAUAUGAAUGUCAGACACAUGCAACAAUUGCACAUGACACAAGUCACAUGAACACGAUAAUCAUACACAGCAACUGUUACAGAAACAUUCAAUAAAUGCUUUUGAUGUCUCCAGCAUAACAUCAUUCAGGUUCAGAAUAUUUCAAAUAGAUUUAAAAAAAAAAAAAAAUUGUGACCAAGUUUCAGUGACCUGAUGGCAAAAGUUUACCAAUACUGCUGCUACUAAUAAUACAAUGAUUGAUAGUCCUAAUAAGGCUUGCAAUGAAUUGACAAUCGAAACAAACUUCCUUUCAACUUCAUAUAUGCACUAAUUUGGUCAUAAGUCACACAGACCAGAAAACUAUGGAAGGGAAAAAUAAAAGAUUGGUGUAUUUAGCUGGUGCUAUUAGUUUAUAUCAGAAUAAAAUGCUUUUAUUUUGUGGAAUCCUGACUUAAAAUACAACGGACUGAUCUCACUCUCCAUAGCCUAUCAAGUCAGAAAUAGUUUUAAUGAAUAUUGCCAAAUUGGUACUUUUCUAGACCUAGAUUUUCAAGUUUUUACCCUCUUGUGUUGUUUUUUUAUUUGCUGAGAAAUGCACAGUUAUGGUUGAUUAAUGAUAUUUUGGGGUGUUGUUUUUUUUUU